AUGCAGCCCCCUCACCGCUGCCUCCUCCUCCUUCUGCUCUACCUCCUCCUCCUCUCUGGGACAUGGGCAGACCUGGAGGGAACCUUCACUGUCCGCCUGCUCCAAACCUCCACCUUCCAAAACACCUCCUUCGUGGACACAGAAGGGCUGGGGCUGCUGGAGGACAUCGAGCUUGGUUCUAUUGAUAAGCACACCUGGACCAUCCGCUUCCACCAGCCCUGGGUGCGCCCAGCCCUGCCCCGCAGUGACUGGGACACCAUUCAGAACAUGAUCAGGAUCUAUUUGCAGAAGUUCAACCACCUGGUCAAUGAAGGUGCCAUGCAGAAGGGUGUGCCCUACCCUUUCGUGGCCCAAUGCGUGGCGGGCUGUGUGCUCUACCCCAACAGGACCUCCCGGGCCUUCGCCUAUGUGGGCUACAAUGGCCAGGACUUCCUCAGCUUCAACACGGACAAUGUUACAUGGCUGCUGUCCCAAGACACCAACCUGUCGCGCUACGUCCAGGCUGUUCUCCAGAACUAUACUGCCUUUACUGAGAUGGUGGAAGUCCUCUUCAACGAUACCUGUGUUGACGACAUGGAGGUGUUACUGGCCCAUGGGAAGGCAGCUCUGGAGAGACAAGAGAUGCCCGUGCCCACGGUCUUCGCCCGCACACCCAGACCAGACCAGCUCCUGCUGGUUUGCCAUGUCACCGGCUUCUACCCGCGACCCAUCAGCGUGGCCUGGCUGCGGGACGGCCAGGAGGUGCCACCAGGCCCGACGCUCAACACCAGCGCCAUCCUGCCCAAUGCCGACCUCACCUACCAGCUCCGCAGCGUCCUGGCCGUGGCCCCCCGUGAUGGGCACAGCUACGCCUGCCGCGUGCGGCACAGCAGCCUGGGCACGCGCAGCCUCCUCAUCCCUUGGGGGAACUCGGAGGUGGUGCUGAUCGCAGGGCUCGGGGCCGGGCUGCUGGCAGCUGUGGCUGCUAUCACAGCGCUUUGGGUGUGGAGACGCAGAAAGCACCAGCAGAUGGAGGAAUCGGAGUCCAGGAACUCCAUCCUGAGCAAAGAAGCUUAG